UCUCGCUUCGUUUUCCACUCUUUCUGCACUUUCAUAUCUCAACUGGCAUUCACUAUUCCAAUUCUUAUUUUUCAUUCGUUGUUGGUCUCAAGGUUCGCAUCCAAGCAAAGCGUGAGUCCCAAAAGCAAGAAGAGUCGUGGCAGCCAUAGCAACCGGUCCUGACACCAUCAUCUAAUGGAGCCCAAAUUUGGACAAGAAGCACAAAGAGGAG